AUGAUUGAUUCUGGCUCAACAAAAUCUUUUAUUGACAUAACAGCACUAAAUCGUACAAAACAUUUACCAAUCUAUCGUAACAAAUUUAAUUAUCUAAUGAAAGAUGGUUGUACAACAUUUCAAGUUAUUGGCAUAAUAAAAAAAUUUAUCGAAUUACAUCAUAUUACAACAACCAUAGUGGUACGCGUUGUUAAUUCUUUAUGUGCAGACUAUAUUUUAGGUAUGGAUUUCAUUAACAAAUACAAAUGUAAUAUUAAUAAUAACAAGAAACAAGUUCAAGUUUAUACACCUACAGAUCAAUUUCCAUUACCGAUGGAAGAUCCAGUUGAUAAAAUUAAAAUAGUAUGUAGAUUAGAACAUGCUACAUAUUGA